CACCUCCCUCCGCCGCCGCCGCCGCCGCCGCCGUCGCCGCCAAUGGCCACCGGUUCUAUCCGCGCCGCCGCCGUCGGCGGUUCCCCUUCCCUCAACAGGCCGACCCAGCUCUCCCUCUCCUCCAAGCUCCCCCUCCACCCUUCCUUCUCCGUCUCCUUCCUCGGCCGCGGCCGCCACCACCAGGCGGCGCCUCUCGUCGCCGUCGUCGUCCGCGCCUCCCUCGACGCCAAGCCCACCGUCCUCGUCGCCGAGAAGCUGGGCGAGGCGGGGCUGUCCCUCCUCAAGGGCUUCGCCAACGUCGACUGCUCCUACAACCUCUCCCCCGAGGAGCUCUGCACCAAGAUCUCCCUCUGCGACGCGCUCAUCGUGCGGAGCGGGACCAAGGUGAGCCGGGAGGUGUUCGAGUCCUCCGCCGGGCGGCUGAAGGUGGUGGGGCGGGCCGGCGUCGGGAUCGAUAAUGUGGAUCUGUCCGCGGCGACGGAGCACGGGUGCCUGGUCGUGAACGCGCCGACCGCCAACACCGUCGCGGCCGCCGAGCACGGGAUCGCGCUCUUGGCCGCGAUGGCGAGGAACGUCGCGCAGGCUGAUGCGUCCGUUAAGGCUGGAAAGUGGCAAAGAAACAAAUAUGUGGGUGUCUCCCUUGUUGGGAAAACACUUGCUGUUAUGGGCUUUGGAAAGGUUGGAUCAGAAGUCGCACGUCGUGCCAAAGGUCUUGGUAUGCAUGUGAUUUCACAUGACCCUUAUGCCCCUGCAGAUCGAGCACGCGCAGUGGGGGUGGAACUUGUGGGCUUUGAUGAAGCCAUAGCAACUGCAGAUUUCAUUUCGUUACACAUGCCCCUGACACCUGCUACAGCAAAGGUUCUCAAUGAUGAGACUUUUGCAAAGAUGAAGAAAGGAGUUCGAAUUGUCAAUGUUGCUCGUGGAGGGGUGAUUGAUGAAGAAGCUCUUGUGAGGGCAUUGGAUGCUGGAACUGUUGCUCAGGCGGCACUUGAUGUCUUCACAGAGGAGCCACCAGCGAAGGACAGCAAGUUGGUACAACAUGAGAGAGUCACGGUGACCCCACACCUUGGAGCCAGUACCAUGGAAGCACAGGAAGGAGUGGCUAUUGAAAUUGCUGAAGCUGUUAUUGGAGCUCUAAAAGGAGAGUUGGCUGCUACUGCUGUCAAUGCGCCGAUGGUUCCUGCUGAGGUUCUUACAGAGCUGAAACCAUUUGUUGUACUUGCUGAGAAGCUUGGGAGAUUGGCCGUUCAAUUAGUUGGGGGUGGGAGUGGUGUAAAAACCAUAAAAGUGACGUAUGCUUCUUCAAGAGCACCUGAUGAUCUCGACACUAGACUACUCCGUGCUAUGAUUACUAAGGGUAUAGUUGAACCCAUAUCCGAUGUCUUUGUGAACUUGGUCAAUGCAGAUUUUACUGCGAAGCAGAGAGGACUGAGAAUAACAGAGGAGCGGGUCAUCUUAGAUGGUUCACCAGAGAGUCCUCUUGAGUAUGUCCAGGUUCAGAUUGCAAAUGUGGAAUCAAGAUUUGCCAGCGCCAUUUCAGAUUCUGGGGAGAUCACGGUUGAGGGGCGGGUGAAGGAUGGGAUUCCACAUCUCACAAAGGUGGGAUCUUUCGAAGUGGAUGUGAGCUUGGAGGGAAGCAUCAUAUUGUGCAGGCAAGUUGAUCAGCCAGGUAUGAUUGGCACGGUAGGAAGCAUUUUGGGAGAAGAGAAUGUCAAUGUCAGUUUCAUGAGCGUUGGUAGGAUUGCACCGCGAAAGCAAGCCGUGAUGGCAAUUGGAGUUGAUGACCAGCCCAGCAAGGAGACUCUGAAGAGGAUCGGGGACAUUUCUGCAAUUGAGGAGUUCGUUUUCCUCAAGUUGUAAUGUGGGGUGUGAGUUAUGGUACUGCAUCUGUAUGUCUUUCGUCAUUCAUAGCCGCUGAGCAUGAUUUGCGAGUCUUGCUCUGCGAUUUUGGCUGUGACGUUCAUGUUUUGUAGUAGUAUUGAGCUAGAGCGGAACGAUAAUCAAGUGGUGCUGCGAGGAGGUUCUGUACUUUUAUUAUGUUGCUUUUUGCCUGAAUCAAAUGCUCUUUUUCAAUAAAUUCAUACAAGUUAAGAAGGUGAAUACUUUGCCUCAA